AUGUCAUUCGUGUUUGCAUUUGGCCAAAGGUCGAGUCCACGCAAUUUCGAAUGUCGGAAUCGACACGCGCCAUUAUCUAAUACCGAAUACACGUACUUCGAGGCGUUGUUAUGCCGGGAAAUUAACGGGGCCAGGGACUUCUGAUCGCCGGUAUAAAAAAGCUUGCGAUAAGGGCGGAAAAGAGUUCGAAAAAAAGCUCAGUCAUAUCGAAUCCAUGUACAUUUUUCAGAGUUAUUCACACCGGCCAUUAUCGACACGAUGGUAUGUCGAUGAAAAAUUGAUAAUAAAUCGAUCGAUAAUGACUAAAAUAGCGAAGAAUAAUUACACCCCUCAGUCGAUGUGCAGCGAUCAUAUGGGUUCAUAUCAUACGGGAGUCUCGCGGUUUUCGUAGGUUGUCUUAAUUGAAAGAAAGAGUUGAUUACGAACUCGGUAAUCGAUCGGGGAGAAUAGAUCGUGUGAAACGUCGUGGGAUUGAUCGAUAAGUUUUCCGUAAACGAUGGCUCGACUUUAUCUUUCCAAAGUUGAUUCAAUACUUCAACCGAGUAGUCUAUACGCGGCAGUUCGAGUCGACGGUUUUCAUCAUGACCGAAACAAACGACUGCGGAGUUUUAGGGUUCUACCCCAGGUGGUUGAAGAAUAAAGCAACCCCAAAAUUAUUCAUGGCCAUUUAUGGACUACUCGGCACCGUGCAGGCCAUGUCGUUUGUCUAUUUAACCGUCAUAUUGACAACGCUAGAGAAAAGGUUCAAAAUUCCCAGCCGCACCACUGGUAUUAUGCUAUGCGGUAAUGAGAUAUCGCAAGUCCUAUCUCUCGUUCUUGUAUUCUACGGUAGCACCGGUCAUCGCCCGAGAUGGAUUGCGGUUGGGGUGGGACUGAGUGCAGCGGCCUGUUUUGUUCUCGCUGCACCACAUUUUAUUUACGGUCCCGGAAAAGACGCGUUGGCUUUGACUCAGGAACAUUUGGAUCAAACCUUGCUCAACGCAACGACGUCGAAACCGGAGGAGAGUCUCGUCUGUCCCAGGCAAUCGGGACCGAAGAUUUGCGACGAAGAUGAUUUUUCCGACUCGGGUAUACUACCGAGAUUAUUGGUAUUCGGUUCGCAAUUCGUAUUGGGAAUCGGUACCACGCUUUACUACGGAUUGGGUCAGGCCUACAUGGACGAUAAUUCGAAAAAGAAGAGCGCUCCGAUGUUGUUAGGUGUCACCUUUGCUCUGAGAACAAUUGGUCCUGUGAUCGGAUUCGUCCUGGGGUACGGGUGUCUGACUCUGUACAUUGAUCCGUCUUUGCACCCCGUUAUCACAAAAGAUAAUCCGAGAUGGUUGGGUGCUUGGUGGUUGGGAUGGAUCAUUCUCGGGGUUGUUAUGGGAAUUUUCGCAGUGCUGAUCGCAAUGUUCCCCAAAACAUUACCUAAGCCAGAAAACGGUGUCGCUGAAAAGGUGCGAGAGGAUGGAGAAAUUCCACUGAAGCUUAAUUCGGCGAGGGAUGGAAGUGUCCCGGCCCAAAAAUUGGCCACCAAACCAGCGGCGAAAAUUUCACCGGGCGAAACUCCGUUGUUGAAAGAUUUCCUCAAAGCCAUGGCCAGGAUCUUGAAGAAUAAGAUCGUCAUGUGUAACAAUGUCAGCGCAGUUUUCUACGUCAUCGGAAUCGCCGGGUACAUGACUUUCUUUGCAAAGUAUCUCGAGGUCCAAUUCGGAACAUCCGCCGCGAGUGGAACCGUCGUGGCAGGACCCGUUUCGUUGAUCGGAAUGGUAUUCGGCUUCAUGGGCUCCGGUGUCGUGAUCAGUAAGUUCAAGCCGGGUCCGAGGAAAUUACUUUUUUGGAACGUGAUAGUGGGCACCAGUUUCCUGUUGGGCCUGAUCUCCUUCAUGUUUAUAAAGUGUCCCGAACCCGAAAUUCAAGGUCUGGACCUGCAGACCUCAAAAUUGAACUUCACUACGAGUUGCAACGUGGGAUGUGGAUGCGAGGGGAUAAAAUUCGCCCCGGUUUGCCACGAGGCAUCCGGUACCACCUUUUACUCCGCUUGUCACGCCGGUUGUACGACCAUCUUGGAGUCGAAUGAGUUCGGUGGCUGUUCCUGUAUCUCCGGAGUUAACGAAACCGCGAACAGCUCAUCCGGAACGAUCGAUUACAAAGUGAAGGCGGGCCCCUGCCCGACAGACUGUACCCAAGCGUACUUGUUGUUUUUGAUCCAGGCGUGCUUGCUUCAGGCGAUGGCAUGUUCCGGCAAGAUAAGUAACGUCCUGGUAAACUACAGAGCCGUUGAAACUCGGGACAAAAGUAUCGCCCUAGGAUUUUCCCUCAUGAUUCUAUCCCUAUUCGCCCUGAUACCGGGACCGAUUAUAUCCGGCACGAUUAUAGACGCCACCUGUUUGAUCUGGGAGAAAUCCUGCGGUGGCAAAGGAAACUGUUGGGUCUAUCAUAGGGACAAUUUUAGACAGUAUCUCAAUUUAACCGCAGCAAGUUUCGUACUGAUUGGCGUGAUAUUUGACUUUUUGGUCUGGUACUGGGGCAAAGAUCUCGACUUGUACGGUGCCGGGGAGGAGGACAAACGUCGAGAGUUCGUUAGCGUGAAUGAUCCGGUCGCUGCGAGCGGGGAGAUUAAUCGCGGUGCGGAGGUCAGACGAAAUGUGAUUCCCGGUAACGAUACUACCGAAAAAACCGUCGGAGCCAGGUGAUGCGAAAUGAAAGGCUUUUUAAUUUCAUUUCGGUUCAUCGAAGAGAUUAUUUACGGAACGCGAGUCGCGGAUGAGGCAGCUAAAUCGGUGCAAUUUAUCGAAAGCUCGGUGUUCCGCAAUCGUUAGCUUAUAUUGACUCAUAUAAUACCUGUAUGUACAUUCGUAUAUCCACUGCGCUUAUUGUUGGCGUAAAAUAGGACUUUUUUGUAAAUAAAAGUAUAUCAUUUAUAA